AGUGGCUGGAGGACGUGGAGUGGCCGGAGAUAAGACACUCAGAUGGCAGAUAGCAGCUUUUCAGAUGCGGCGCCUCCAGACUCUGUGGACGCUGCUGAAGAUGCACGUGCCACAGAGAAACUCUCAGACCAGGUGAUGCAGAACCCUCAAGUUCUGGCGGCCUUGCAGGGACGGCUGGACGGUGCCUCUCUCACUCCUUCCAGCUACAUCGAGACUUUACCUAAAGCGGUAAAAAGAAGAAUCAACGCACUGAAACAGCUUCAGGUGAAGUGCGCUCACAUCGAAGCCAAGUUCUACGAGGAGGUGCACGACCUGGAGAGGAAGUACGCGGCGCUGUACCAGCCUCUCUUCGACAAGAGAAGGGAGUUUGUCACUGGCGAUGCUGAGCCGACGGACGCGGAGUCAGAAUGGCACAGUGAGAACGAAGAGGAGGACAGGCUGGCUGGAGAUGUGAAAAAUAAAGUAGUUAUAGCAGAAAAAGAAUCCACAGCAGCAGAGGAGCCCAGCCCCAAGGGGAUUCCGGAGUUCUGGUUCACCGUCUUCAGAAACGUGGACAUGCUGAGCGAGCUAGUCCAGGAAUAUGACGAGCCGAUCUUGAAACACCUUCAGGACAUUAAAGUGAAGUUUUCAGACCCUGGACAACCUAUGUCCUUUGUAUUAGAGUUCCACUUCGAACCCAACGACUACUUCACCAACUCAGUCCUGACCAAGACGUACAAGAUGAAGUCAGAGCCAGACAAAGCCGACCCCUUUUCCUUCGAAGGGCCUGAGAUAGUCGACUGUGACGGGUGCACUAUUGACUGGAAGAAAGGAAAAAAUGUUACAGUCAAAACUAUCAAGAAAAAACAGAAACACAAGGGUCGAGGCACCGUCAGAACAAUCACCAAGCAAGUCCCCAACGACUCAUUUUUCAACUUCUUCAGUCCACUGAAAGCGUCUGGGGAUGGAGAAUCACUGGAUGAAGAUUCCGAGUUCACGUUAGCCUCUGACUUUGAGAUCGGACACUUCUUCCGUGAGCGGAUAGUCCCGAGGGCCGUGCUGUACUUCACGGGGGAGGCCAUAGAAGAUGAUGACAACUUUGAAGAAGGUGAGGAAGGAGAAGAGGAGGAAUUAGAAGGAGACGAGGAGGGAGAAGAUGAGGACGACGCCGAAGUGAACCCCAAGAAGGAGCCCAGCCAGCCCUCCGAGUGCAAGCAGCAGUGAGCCAGGAGGACCUGUCGGCGCAGCGCCCAUACCGGACCUGUUUUCAAGUGCAUGGUUUUCACUUCACUUCUCUUUCCUUACUGUUUUGCUUAACCUGUACAGUGGCAACUUAAAUGCAUUUCAGAGUAGGAGGUUCAAUUCCAGCACCCUCGACGGCCUUGGGUGCAGCUCAGUAGACUUUCCCAGGCCCUGCUUCAGGGGAACCCGUAGACCAUGUGGGUGGGGGUGGAAGGUCCCCGAGCCCAGGACAGACGUCUGGCAGCUUUUACUCCCGUCUCGUUUGAAGACACCCCACGCUUUGUUUCCGGCCACCUGGUCCUCUGUCUGAUGCCCUCGGAGGAGCUGGGGAGCAGGGCGUUCUCCUCAGUGUGUUCUCGCUUUGGUUUGUUUUCCUGGGGGUGGGGUGGGGUCGUGGCGCCACAGUGCAGAGGCGCAGCUUCUGGGGUGCAUCUCGUAUUUAUUUGUCCCUUUGUGUGGGAGGGCUCGGGACACAUGCUGCCGCUCGCCCUCGAGUGUCUGAAACCACGUUAGUGACUGGAGCCUGGUGCCGGCUGGGAGGACGUGGCAGCAGCUCCUCUGGGAGCGAGGCCUGUGUGGACAGGAGCACUUCCUCCUGCCACGCUGCCGGGCCAGGGCUUCUCCGUGCCGUGGGGACCCUCCCAGCCGGGCGGGCUGUGGGCAGUGCCGUGCCCGUCUUGUGGCAGAGCUGGGCGGGCACAUCUGUCCUCCUGUCCCAGUGUCGCGUCUCAUCAGCUCCCGUUUCUCAGACCCGUGUGCAUCGUCUUAAAAGCCCUGGGUUCAGAGCGGCCUGUUCUUGACUGGCGUGUGGGUUUCCGAGUGUGUGACCGCGGUCCCUGGGAGCCGGGCGCCAGGUCCACAUUGUGACCGGGCCUGGAGAGUGCUCAGCCUUACUUAAGACACAUUUGUAACUGAAUACGCUGUUUUCAA